UUUAUAUAUAAAACGGUAGAAAUUGAGCAUUUUGCAGUAGAACAGUAGCCGAAGGCUCAAAUCGUCUGCAGUCCUGUCCUGUUCACCGACCACCGAUGCGUCAAGUGAAAUGACGUUUCAUGACAUGGAAUUUUGAGGUUAUCUGGCAAUCUUCGCUGUUUGUUUGUUGGUUGUUUUCUUCAUUAUUUUACAGUUAAUUCUACCGGUUUAUACAAGCUUUGAGGCAUAAAAACUUAAUUGUGUGCUCCUGCAAUUAUAUUUCGGUUCGAAAUUGUGACUUCGUCUCAAAGAUUCCAAUUUACCGCUUCAACCUGACAGGGGUCGGCAGGCAAAAAGACAAGGUUAGUAUUCCAUCUUUUAAACAUAUUUUAUGAAAAAGAUUAGCCUGGUUUAACAAAAUACCUAAUUGUAUAUCAAAGGAAAGUCAUGUUUGUCCGGUUUGGUGCUUUUGGCAAGUUGCCUGCCGCAAUCACUCAAAAUGCGGUUGUGGACCAACAACAACGUGGAAUGGCCACUUUGAAGGCCAUUUCAAUUCGUCUCAAGUCAGUAAAAAAUAUCCAGAAGAUCACCCAAUCUAUGAAGAUGGUGUCAGCUGCUAAAUACUCCAGAGCUGAGAGAGAGUUGAAAGCUGUAAGGCCCAUCGGCAGUGGGGCACAACAAUUUUAUGAGAAAGCUGAGGUGGAGGCUACCACUGAUGUACCACAAAAGCUGGUUAUUGCCAUCACAUCUGACAGAGGUCUUUGCGGUGCGUGCCACACCAGCGUCUCCCGUCACAUCCGUAAUGAGUUGAACAAGGACGGCGAGAACAUCAAAGUGGUAUGCGUAGGUGACAAGUCCCGCGGUAUUCUGCAACGUCUCUACGGCAAGAACAUCAUCAUGGCCUGCAAUGAGAUCGGCAGACUGCCUCCCACUUUCAUUGAUGCUUCCAAACUGGCGGACGCCAUCUUGAAGUCCGAAUACAAGUUUGGCAGCGGAGAGAUUGUUUACAACAAAUUCAAGUCGGUGGUGUCUUACAGUACGUCCACCAUGCCUGUAUUCAGUCUGCAGUCUGUGACGGAUGGUAUCUCUCAGCUGAGGCAUUAGGGCAGUCCAACGAAUUCCUACUAGGUAGAAGAAGCAAGCUUACGAUUUGUUUGGAACCAAAAUUACGUAGUCAAUAAUCAGGAUUCAAGUUGAUACAAGUCUAUCAGGCUUAAGCAGCCAGUUUGACAGCUGUGACGUUUCAUAUUCAAUUCCUAUUUUUUUGCGAAAACGUAAAAGUGCUUAAGGCAGUUGAUGAAAAUGGUGAAGGUUUCUGUGGCGCGAAAAUCUUUCCGAAACUUUCGACUCCAGAACAGAAAGCAAGCAGGGUUGCCUGCUGUGAGGAUUGGUGGGAAGCAGAGAAAAGGGGGGACUUUCUCGACCGGGUCAUCUCUGGGGGCGAAUCUUGGGUCUACGAAUUCGAUGUGUAUCUGAAAUCUCAAUGCAUGGGGUGGAAGCAAGCAGGGGAAUCGAAAAUUAAGGUCCUAUAUGAAAACAAUGUUGAUUGUUUUCUUUGAUUGAACAAAAAUAUUGCAUGUUUCCUAUAGUCCCAGAAGCUGGGAGGUUCCAAAUUACAUAUCUAAUUGUUAUCAAUAAAAUAGCUAAAAGACAAAAUAAGAUAUAUUGAAGUAUUCGUUCCUGUAGUGGAAAUGUAGUAGAGCAUACGAUUCAUAUAGUUAUAAAUAUGAAAUUCUAUUUCUGAUAUCUGUUCUACAUAUUUAAUUAGCAUGUUGUAUAUCUUUGUAAUCAAGACAUUAUAAUGAAUGUAACUAGGG